AAAGAAGAUUAGAUAGUGUGUGACAAUAAUAAUAUUGAUCAAUUCUUCAGCAUUCAACUUGGAAGAUUUAAAAUUUCGUGUUAAAAUAGAUGGCACAGAGCAAAGAUGAUAUCACGUAUGGCACUGCACAAGCAAGGGUAUCAGAUGAUGAAGCGUUGAGAGUAGCUUACAAGCAUGGCACGCCACUGGAAGCAGGAAAGAUCGCCGAAUCUGAACCAAUUGAUCUGUUUCAAAGUGCUCAUAAUAUUUGUAAGAGCAGCGCCACGCAAGAUUCUUCUUCUCAAACUCAUAACAAGGAUCAUCAUCAUGAGGAACAACGUGACUCUUAACAACAAAGAAGGAAGUUCUAUGGAGUUCGUUACUGGUGCUCCGGACUUGCCUAAGAAAGUGCCACCCACAAUGGCACAUAAAUAAUUUGUUUUUGUUUUUCUUUUAUGCUCAAGUUUUUUAAUUUUUAAUUUUUAGAAUAUGCUUUAUGUUUGUUAUGAUUUUCCCUUUUGUGUUUAUUAAUUAUCCUAUAGUAGACAAAUUUCCAGACUUACUAAAAGUAACAUU